AAGCCCGCUACAGAGGAGAAUGACUAGUCCCAUUGGCCUCCUCCGCUGCAGGUUCUCGCCGACUCCCCUUCUUCUCCGACCUUCGCCGCUCGCCCGCGGCGGCGCCUCCUCCCCUCCCACUCCUCGUCGUCGAUCUCGUCUCGGGUACCAUGGCGAGAUUACUCUCCACCGCCCUCGCGAAGGGACUUAUGAGAUCGUCCCGCGCAUGGACACCAGCUGCUGUGUCACGACCAGCUAUCCAGCAGUUUAUGAACUACUCAUCAGGUCUUGGCGGUGCUCCUAAUACAAAUGGGGACUCAAUGGCAACACGAGUAGCUGCUGAUCACGAUACACAUCAAGAUUUUCAGCCAACAAGUAAAAGUUCAGACAUGUCUUUCAGUGACAUUGUUGCUCAGGAUGUCAAGGAGCACCCUGUCGUCAUCUAUAUGAAGGGUUAUCCUGAUGCUCCUAGGUGUGGAUUCAGUGCAUUAGCAGUGAAGGUCCUCCAGCAAUAUGGUGUCCCCAUCAGUGCUAGAGAUAUUCUUUCAGAUCUCAAGCUCAAAGAAAGUGUUAAAGCAUACAGUAACUGGCCUACGUUUCCACAAAUAUUUAUCAAAGGAGAGUUUGUUGGGGGCUCUGAUAUCAUACUCACCAUGCACCAGAAGGGUGAACUGAAGGAACUGCUUGGUGAUAUUGCACAAAAAGGCGAACAAAGUGGUUCGUCAUGAAAGUGGUAUUUAUGGUGCAAACUUCUCGGACUGGAUGUUCUUUCUCAGAAGGUUUUUGGUGAUCUUGCGUUGUCAUCCUGUGGCCUCGGAUUUGAAUAUGUUCCGUGUUUUCUUCUGUUCUUGCCAGUUGUGAUGGAAGAUCCACUGAAGGCUCAACUGCAGGACAGCAGGAGUAACCAAAGUUCUUGUUCUUGAUAAAUAAUAAAUGCUAAUGCUCGACGCUGUUCUUUUUAUGCAUUAAGUUGUUUUUAAACUGAAUCGGUGCUGUUGAAACAUGUAAUUAGUACGUGACAUGCUCAUACGCUCUAUGUUUCGUACUUUUUUACAGUAACUAUUUUUGCUUUGUCCUACCCGAA